AUGGACUGGAUGUCCAGUGCUGCUCUGGACGACGUGGAGGAGGACCAGCAUGACCGGCAGGCACUGGAACUGGCCUCACGACGUGGAGAAGUCCUGCAGGUGACCGUGGAGCAGCGGAAGAAAAGCGAUGAGUCGGUCUGCAGCACUUGGAAGGGCUGGCGCGGCACACCGGCUGAGAGCCGCGUUGACUUGGACAACUUGCAGACUGCCAGUGUGGUUUUCGAAGGCCAGGGAUGA